GUUGGAGAAAGAUGGUUGUCCACGUGGCCGGAAGAUUCCAUUGAGAAUAAAAUUAAAGAAGAGAACGAAGCGUACCGAAGUGGAAAUCCGACGAGUCGGUGGACUGUGGUCGGCCGUGUUAUCGAUUAUCGAACGAAGUUCGACCGUCCAGCCGCGUAACUUUUACGCGAACUUUGAAACAAAGAAGAAACGCGGAAGACCCGAGGCAUAAUCGAAUCUUCCAAAACAUUUCAGACGCUCUUCGGGAAUUGUUACUAUUUUCGACGGAGGAAAACGUUAGAACCGAGCUAAGGAAUCAUCAAAGGCGAUCGAACCUUGGGAAUUAGGAAGCGAUAACAAUUAUUGGCCCUGACGGCCAUAUCGAUAUGAUAAUGACGCGCAUUAUGCACGGCCGUGUGCGUCACUAGGCAUCGACUGUCGCCGCGACGCUGACAUCAAUUUAGAAACUGUCCGCGGCGACGAAAUCUAAUUAUUUAACGAGUCGAGUGGGCGUAACGCGUUUAGAGCGGCGACGCGAAAUCGCGUGGAAGAAGACCUGCGUGCCGCCGCGCUUCCGAUAGCUUUUCGGAAAACAGUCUCCGAGUUGUGCCGGUGGAGAAAGGAACGCUGCGUGAUACGGGCACUGGUCGAUGAUCGAUGAGCGAGCGAUCUGCUACGCGUCGAUUCCCAUUAAGAAGGAUCCAUAUCGCGUCGAUUUCGGCGGAAGGAGACCUCUACGCGUUGAAUUCAGCCGAAAAGUACUACUCGACGCAUUGAAUUCGAGUCAAAAUGAUUCUUGUCUACGUUUUUUCGAAAACGUCAGGUAGAGUAUAAACAGAAUCCAAACCGAGUCUAUUGGGUACCGAAAUGUACCUCGGAUAGUAAGACGCGUCCGACGUCGUUCGACAAACCAAAGAGUACUGUGAUAAAGCUGGAACGAAAUACGAACCUAGACUUACGCGUCGCCCGUGAAAAUGAACCGCGGAACCGCGAGUGAAAACAGUGAGACCACGUCCGGUGAUAGUGAUCGAUUCGCUAGCGAUCAGUGAAAGGAAAUAAUGUUCACGAUGAUCGAGCCAAGGAACGACAGGGUGUCCGGCCAAUCGAGGCAUCACUGUUAUCAAGUGAUCAGGACCACCAGGGUGCACCAGAGUUCCAGGAGCUCGAGGAUGGUCACCGUGCAGGAGAAAGUCAUCAGGUCGCGGCUCCAAUUGGGAUACUCCACGCCCACGAACUUCAUUAACCGUUUCCCGUCGAAGAUGGAGCGUCCGUCGCAGCACGGCCAGAACGUGAACCAGGUCCACGCCGCAGGCAUGCACGGGGUGUACUCAUCCGGCAGCCAAACAUCCCUAACGACGUCCUACAUCACGGGCCAGUCGUACAUUCAGAAUCAAAAUUACGCCCACGCCCCUUACAAUUCCUCGUCGAACGUGCGAGUAUACUCGCACACGGGAUACAACCAGCCGCAGAGUUACGGGACCAUGGUCCAGGGCUACGGUGGUCAACCUCAGACAGGGUACCAACAGAAUCACCUUAAAAAGGGACCUGUACGUAACGGAGACGUGCUGAAGAGAUGCCGGCUGCAGACUGCAUACGAGCUGUCCCAGGACCUCCUGGACAAGCAGAUCGAGAUGCUGGAGAGAAAAUACGGAGGAGUGAAGGCGAGGAACGCGGCGCUGACGAUUCAACGGGCGUUUCGAAGAUACACGCUGCUGAAGAAGUUCGCGGCCAUCACCGCCAUGGCCAAGGCGGAGAAGAGGCUGAGCAGGAAGCUCCAGGAGACGACGGACCGAUCCGCGGCCAUGAACGAACACGAGAGGAUGGUAUACCACAGUCAGAUCUACAUCCAGCAGCCGCAAACCGCGAACAGACCUAUGCCCAUCAGGAGCAUGUCCUUGAGAGAGAGGAGACACGUGGAGAACUCCCAGUCCCCUUUACCAAGAAGCCAAAGCGGCAGGUGCGAGGUCCAGGUACCUGGCCACCAGCACGUGAACCAUAAUAUCCACCAGAGCGGCAGGCACACGCCCUCUCUGGCCCCCAGUCCUUGCAACAGACACCAACAGUUACCUCCGAGUCCGUGUUGGGAGUCCAGCUCCCAGGAGAGCGGGUCCAGCAUCCAUUACUAUAAUCCGCAGGAAGCCCUCUGCGGCCUCAGACAAGAGACACCCCCGCGGGACUUGCUGCGGACGCCGUGCACGUCUCCGUCGACGCCUCACAAUCUUCAGACGCCGAUGCCUCAGAACUGGAGUAACGCCAGCCACCUGGGAUCAGGUGGUAGGUCCAGAGGCUCGGCGAAGAAGGUCCCGCCGGAAGUGCCAAAGAGAACGUCUUCCAUCACCUCCAGGUCCAUGGAGCCUCGUCACAAUGGUCUCAGCAAGAGCGUCGAAAAUGGGAGCCUCAGCUCGGUCCAAAGCUCCGGCAGCGAUUCCACUAAUUGCGAGAGCUCCGAGGGCGACCCACAAAGAGGAUCACCUGUGUGGAAGCACAAAGGAAUCUCAAGUUCACCAGAACACCAGGAAUGCGUUAACCACGCGACAGACUCUGGCACGAUGAUGAACAGCGUGAAGGAUCUCGGUCAUUCCCACGCCAGCUCCGGUUAUCAGCUCCCACUGAUGGAUCACCAGGAGAACAUACCUCAGACCAGCUACAAAGUGUCCGAGACGGUCCGGAAACGUCAAUACAGAGUUGGCCUAAAUCUCUUCAACAAGAAGCCCGAGAGGGGUAUCAACUAUUUGAUUAGAAGGGGAUUCCUGGAGAACAGCCCGCAGGGCGUCGCGAGAUUUCUCAUCAGCAGAAAAGGGCUGUCCAAGCAGAUGAUAGGGGAGUACCUCGGGAAUCUGCAGAAUACCUUCAACAUGGCUGUGCUCGAAUGCUUCUCCCACGAACUGGACCUGUCAGGCAUGCAGGUGGACGUCGCCCUGAGGAAGUUCCAGGCGUACUUUAGAAUGCCUGGCGAGGCCCAGAAGAUAGAACGACUGAUGGAGGUCUUCAGCCAACGUUAUUGCCAAUGCAAUCCCGACGUGGUGUCCAGGCUACGGUCCGCCGACACGGUAUUCGUCCUGGCGUUCGCGAUCAUAAUGCUGAACACCGACCUUCACACGCCUAAUAUGAAGCCAGAGCGCAGAAUGAGGCUGGAGGAUUUCGUGAAGAAUCUCAGAGGCAUCGACGACUGCGGUGACAUCGACAAAGACAUACUGAUGGGCAUCUACGAGAGAGUGAAGGAAAACGAGUUCAAGCCUGGCUCGGACCACGUUUCCCAAGUGAUGAAGGUUCAAGCAACAAUCGUGGGGAAGAAGCCCAAUAUGGCUCUACCGCACAGAAGAUUGGUAUGCUACUGCAGGCUCUACGAAAUCCCAGACAUUCACAAGAAGGAGAGACCUGGAGUGCAUCAACGCGAGGUCUUCCUCUUCAACGAUCUCCUCGUCGUGACGAAGAUCUUGAGCAAGAAGAAGAACAGCGUCACGUACACUUUCAGACAGAGCUUUCCACUUUGCGGAAUGAUCGUCACGCUGUUCGAAGUUCCUCAUUAUCCGUACGGAAUUACCCUCUCGCAACGCGUGGAUGGAAAGGUGUUGGUCACGUUUAACGCGAGGAACGAGCACGACAGAUGCAAGUUCGUGGAGGACCUCAGGGAAUCUAUCAGCGAAAUGGACGAGAUGGAAACCUUACGGAUUGAGACGGAACUGGAACGACAGAAGAGCAGCAGGAACGCUAGAGGCGGCGCGGAGAACAGGGAUUCUGGCGUGGCGGAUGUCGAGAUAUGCCCUUGCCCUGGGUCCUGCUCUGACAGAUCGGAGACCACCGAUAUGGACACGCAGUUGAAACGCUCUGCGCUUAGCAAUUCGCUCCUUGACAUACACGAACAAUUCGCUGGUGAGAAACCGCAGCGCCGUGGAAGCGUGGGCUCGCUAGAUAGUGGUAUGUCGAUUUCAUUUCAAUCUACAUCUGCCAGCUCAAUGAGCCAAGGCAUUAAACAUCCUGGACAAGUUCACCCUAUACAUCCAGGGGCUACGAUCCCUGGUGGUGCUAAGGGACUGGCUCAGCAGCCAUCUUUUUUAGGGAGUCUGUUCGCCAAACGGGAACGAAAGCUAUCGCAAUCGGAGGAUUCCGGCCCCUACAGUCGCACCACGGAAGUAUAAUAUAUCCUUUGAGUGGUACCUAAGGGAUCUCUCUGUACAUUCGGUUCUCUUCUAGUACGCUUCAUGAUCACGUAAGGUGUUCACAGGCUACCUAGCAGCACCGCCAGGCCCAUUUUUUCAAACUUUGCAUCCUGUGCACGCUACGUAAUAAACGCACAGGGUACACACAUCAGCUAGAAACGAGAAUCUCAUGCUUGAUAUUUCUACUUUUUAUAUACUCGAUACUGAUUCAUAAACAUUUUUAUUAUCAAAUACAAUGUUAUAAGUACUUAUAUAGCGUUAAUUGCCGGGUAUCUUGAUUGAAUUAUCGAUUAAUUUCGAAAAUAGGUAUGCAUUAGUAAAUCAUUUUAGCGAUGCUACUCAAAAUAUGUCCACGCGCUAUUGGUGUAGGAAUAACAGUGUAUCAAUCGGACUAUGCGAUUUCUCUCAGCUAUUCUCAACAGUGAAUCAAACUCGCAACAUUCUGAAUAGUGCUCGAAUACAUUUUAAUAACACAUAGAGAAACCGUGAAACAGGAAUAAUGCACCCUGUGCGUUUAUUACACUGCUACUCGUGCACUAACCACGUGCAGAAUUUGAGACAACUCGACGAUCUGGAUGUCGUACUCUUCUCGUCGGAUGGAACAAGCGUAAUCUUUCGCUUUUCUUCGAAGUGAAGCAGAGAUGGGCAGAAUUUUAGAAAUUUGAUUCGCCGCACAAUAUCUUUACGGUGUUUGUUCAAUUGAGAUUAUAUUUUGAUUUGCUCGCUGUGAAAUAUUUCAUUCCAUUAUUCGAGUUCAAAAUUUUAGAUCGGAACUUCUGCCAUCUCUGUUGGUUGCAUGUAAAUUUAUCGGAUUGGGCAGGAUCCAAUCGCGAUCGCGAGGGAGAUGAAGACAGGAGGGAAAUGAAGCGAAAGAGAGAGAUUUUUGGUGAGAUAGAACGCGAAGUAGCCCUUACUGGCACGUGUAUAGUAUUUAUUCAUCCAAAAAAUCGAAUCGAUCCGUUCUUUCGUAGAAUAUUUAUAAUUUCUAAUGCGGAAAUCCGCUCGUAUGUAGAUAAUCGUUUCGUUCAGCGCAUGGGCCACCAUGAACCGAGACUUUUGGCUCGUAAUAAAGUUACGCGGUAUAAGAAGAAGAACGGUUUAUGGAGUGUGCUCUGGUAAUGUCGUGUUUUGCAAGUAUUGUCGCCGUAGAUAUACUUAAAUAAUUGUACAUACUAGAUAUAUAACAAUUAAUUGUACGAGUAUAAUGAUUAUUCUGUAACAAAACGUAGCCUAAGGAAAACGAUAAGCAAUCCCUCUCGAUGUUAGGUGCAUGUCGAUGUCUAACAAGUUUUUAAUAUCACAGAGAUGAAGUUUGAACGUAGCGUUGGCGUAAGGAUUAACAGUUAAAGAACUGAAAGGAAACGGCGUUCCCCAUUGUUACGAUACAUUCAUAAUCCUCUGCGAAUCGUAGUUCUGCUUGUGCGUUACGAAUUCAGUUUUCUCCGAACGCAACGUACUAAACAGUUUCAUUCGAGAUUAGUUUCUCGUCUCGUAGCGUGUAGACAAGUUACAACAUCGUCAUUAGCAAUGUCUUAAGGAUUAAUGCGAGCCUUUGAGGCUUUUUAAAAAAAAAGAGGACAACUCGUAUGCCUUAUAUACUGCCACAAAUCAUCAUUCGGAGACGAGGAACUCAUUUGCGGGUUAGAUAGUAGAGACCUUUCGAGGGCUGCAGAAUUACACGGAGAACUAAAUAUUGUAUGUAUAUAUACCAUUGAUUGCAAUACCAAUUAAUAAUAAUUAAAAGAUACCCGUUAACCCUUGGACGACCACAUGAUUUUACAAAUUUUAAUAUCAUCGUCUUUUUUAAGAAUAUACAUUUCGUGUUAGUUUAUCCUUUAAAAAAAUAAUUCACAUUUUGAGUCGAUACACAGUUGUGUUAAAUAUGUAAAUCAUCGCGUGAGAAUUUUCUAACCGAUCCCAGGCAUAAAUUAUCCGAUUGCAGUCGAUAGUUGGUAGCUAAAUAAUGAAUCUGUGGUCGUUCAAGGAUAACUUCUAUUCGAAGUGACUAAUCGCUAAAGAUGACUACACUGCGAACCACCAUUCGUUUCGGAUUUCGGGAGUUACUUAUUAUUUUCACAGUUCGGAGCAUCAUUAAUUUUUGUAUAAAUACAGGAAUUAAUUUUCAUAAUUGUUUGCAACUAGAGUCGAUGUUAAAAUUAACAUCGCUAAAGCCCUUGGGAGGCACUCUUCAGUUUCUAAACUGUGCUCCAUUAUGUACCGAGCCUUCAGCUGCUACAGAAUACUUUCUUUACACAGAAAUCUCUGAAUUCUCUAAAACUAACAUCUUCGCUAAGGCAGCUGAAGGUUUCUACGUUUCAUAAUUGCAUAUAUUAACCCUUCAGCUGCUACAAAGUGCGUUUUUUGAGACUUCGAGGAAGCGAUAGUUGUUCACAUUAUCGAAAUAAUAGAUUUUCUAGAGUAGCUAACAGUUCCUAUACUUCAUUGUCUUCUAUAUUAACUCUUCGACUGCUACUUUAUAGAUCACCUUUUUCAAAAUAAUCGUCUGUUGUCUGAACGAAGCGACAAAUGAAAGACAAUGCGCGUUAAACGCCGGUUCUAAUUAUUGUUAAACUUAAAAUAUAGCUAUUAACGUUCUCGAAACACGCAUGAGGGUUUCGCAGGGAUGCAAGCGUACAUCAUUCGCAGCUGAAGGAUUAAAGGAAUAAAAUAACUCGAGUUAUUUGGCGAGAAGUGUUCAUUAUAAAUGUUGGUGAUGGAACUGAUACCAUAUCGAUACUAUCUAGAACCACGAUUAUUUGAAAUUCUACUGUACCAGGUUGACUGCCAGACUAAUAAUUGUGAACAUUUCUACGAGGCUAAAGUUGUUUAUAUGAUUAGAAAUGAUACAGUCCAAAUUCAUUUUUUUAACACCUUCAGAAUUAAUGUAUUUACUUCCUCAGUGAAAAUCUUUGUCACUGUGGGUGACAUGGCAGACAACGUGAUGCACAAUGUUACUUACAAUUUAUAAUUUCCAAGUGGUCGAGUAACAAGAUUGACUAUUGAACGCAAAUGUAUUCGUAUAGGGUAUCCUAAUACCGAAUGGCUGAAAGGGCCUAACCGAUUAAGAUGGUCAAAACUGCCCUUAGAGCUUUUUCCCUAAUAGCUCUUGAAUCAUUCGAAAGCUGAUCAAGAAAAACCCUUCUGAGUAAAAUUUUAACCCUCUAGCUUGCCCGUGAGGGUAAGUUACAGGGUAAAAUAGACUUUACGCUUUCCGGCGCAUUUUCCGAUUUCAAAUGCGUUCUAAAAUUUUGAAAAAAGUCUGACACAUUCCGGAUCCUAAGUCGCAUUUUUGAGAAUUUUUUCAGAUUUUUUUGUUGGAAACUGUGGUCAUAAAAAAUGAAAAACCUCAACAAAAAUCAGAGAAACAUUUUUUCCCCAAAAAUAUGAAUACACUACUGUUCGGUUCCCUGAUAAAGUACUGUAACAGGCAGUGUCGUCAAUUUAAAAAAAUUUUUUUGUUCGGCUGCUUCAUCGUCAAAAACAAUAUAAAAAUUGAAUUUUUUUGUCGUUUUUGCUGCGAGUUUUUAUUAGCAUUGUUACGUUAUGGUAUCAGUCCCAUGGCUGAUAAAAUGUACAUAUAGACUCCCAUCGAUCCGCAACAGUCCGUAGUCUACAGCGUUAUUAAUUCUAGUCUUUCUCAUCAGGAGAGUUCUCUGGUACGCUCUAAUCGCGAGAGAAACAAUUCCACGGGCACUCGAAACAUGUCGAAUAGAAGAAUCUUGACGUAGCUCGUAAGGGUGUGGAUACAAUAAGGAUGAAACGUCGAACCGAUUUAAUUAAUGUCUCUGCGAAAAGCUAGGAUCGCGUCAAUUUGCACCAAGAGCAAACGAAAAGAGUCGCUUGCACGGAUUCCCGGCAAACAAAUCACUUAACGGAAAUUCUGUGAUAAUCUUCUUACGAACGAAAAAGAAAAGACUGAUUAGGAAGACCACCUCUAAGUCGUCGUGUUUUGCGGGGAAGUUCUCCAGAAUGUGAGAAAUCGUAGAACCUCUCGCGAGCCUCGCGCAUGUCCGAUGACCAAACCGAAGCUGGACAACGAUGAUUUUUGCGACGAUCACUCUUUGUCCAACUGAUACGGACCACUCUGUUGGUUUUUGGUCAUUCGGCAAGGACGCGCGAGGACAAAGAGCUUCUUCGCUCGAUAACAACACACGUGUCAGUGUUUUUCAAACUUGUCAUCGCAUUUGUACAAUUUCCCUCCCAUUAGAGCAAACCUAAUUCGUUCGAUUACAAUAAUUGUUGAAGGAUCUAACGUGCAUUUAAGUAAAAUAGUGAAAUUUCGCUUCGACGUUAGCGCGACUGCGACGAUAAUAAAUAAAAUAAUCGAGUCGAUCGAGAUUUAUAGCGUGUUUAAAGAAUAAAAGUCACGGUAGUUUGAAACAGUGCAUCUUGUUGAAAGGUUUGGAAUCACGGGAACAAGACGAGUAAAGUGAUCGCACGACAUCGAAGCAAUGCAACGUUGCGUGAAACGUAAUUACACCGAAUUAAUCGCGAAUCUACGCUAGAUUCGAUCCAAUUUGACGCGAUCUUGAAGAAAUUCAAAUAAAAACCAUUUUUAAAACGAGGAAACGAUGGCAAACGCGUCGCCAAGCUCAGCGCAUUCUAUGAUUUGAUGAGAAAGUAAAUAACUACGUUAUUAUUAAGAGUAAACAAUUGCUCCCCGUACGAAAGUAUCGCCCCCUUUGUUAAUCUAACUGAACGCUGUAUGCACAUUGUGUUAAUAAAGAACUAUGAGUCUGAAACGUGUAAAAACGACUAAUAAUAA